CCCACUUCCCGAUUCGCACAGCCAAAAACCCCCAAUUUUGGCCUCUCGAUUUAGUUUUUGAAACCCUAAGCUCGAUUUCGAAUCUCUCCGGCGUACUCGAUUCGCCGGUCGAAUCUCUGCUUGUAGCGAGUGUUACUGUUUAAUCGGCGAAAAUGUCGAUGUCGAAGAGUUCAAAGAUGCUUCAGUUCAUCAACUACAGGAUGCGAGUGACGAUCCAAGACGGAAGACAGCUCGUUGGGAAGUUCAUGGCGUUUGACCGUCACAUGAACCUCGUUCUCGGCGAUUGCGAGGAGUUUCGUAAGCUUCCACCAGCGAAAGGGAAGAAGAUCAACGAAGAACGUGAAGAUCGCCGUACGCUAGGUUUGGUUUUGCUUAGAGGUGAAGAAGUUAUCUCAAUGACUGUUGAAGGACCACCUCCUCCUGAAGAAUCUCGUGCUAAAGCUGGCUCUGCAGCUGCUGUUGCUGGUCCAGGAAUUGGCCGUGCCGCUGGGCGUGGAGUUCCUACUGGUCCGUUAGUUCAAGCUCAGCCUGGACUAUCUGGUCCUGUUCGUGGUGUUGGUGGACCAGCUCCGGGGAUGAUGCAGCCUCAGAUCUCUCGUCCACCACAGCUUUCGGCUCCUCCGAUUAUUCGACCUCCGGGACAAAUGUUGCCACCUCCUCCAACUUUUGGUGGUCAAGGUCCACCUAUGGGAAGAGGUCCUCCACCGCCUUAUGGUAUGAGGCCACCACCACAGCAGUUUUCUGGACCACCACCGCCUCAGUAUGGGCAAAGGCCAAUGAUUCCUCCUCCUGGUGGUAUGAUGAGAGGACCUCCUCCUCCACCUCAUGGAAUGCAAGGACCGCCACCGCCUCGCCCUGGAAUGCCUCCCCCUCCUGGUGGUUUUGCUCCACCGCGUCCUGGCAUGCCACCACCGCCUAAUCAACAUAAUCAGCAGCAGUGAUUAGGUAGAAGUUAAAACCUUGUUUAGAGAGCUAUUGAUGUUGUGGUGAACCGUGAACGCAUUCAGCUUUUUGUGAUGAAGAACUUAGAACUUGUUGAUGUAUCAGAAGAUGAAAGUCUGGAAUAUUCGCAUUACCUUAUGAUUUUUUUUGAUAUAUAGUUGAAAUCUAUCACAAAUCAUUGUGGUUCAGUUUGGUUGUGUUUCAUUCUUAUAAUAUGUUAACUUUGAUGAAAUGAAAUUGUGAAUAAGUGUGGUUAGUUGAAUGGUAA